UAAAUGUAUAGAGAGAGAAAGUAAAAUUAGUCGUGAGAGUGAGUGGGAAAAGGGGGGAGAGAGAGAGAGGAGAGAGAAACACGUAAACGAAUACUGUCCAAGCGUACAACGAAGGAUACAGGGACGGACACGAGGCUGCGACCCCCACCGUCACCACCAUCGACGACGCCGUUUUGCUUUCACUCGUCCGCCAAUUUUACUAGUAUUAUUAUUUCUAAUGGCUGAAUAUUUGGUGUAUUCCACAACUCUGCUGUAAUCUCUCUCUCUCUCUCUCUCUCAUUCUGCGUGGAGAUUCGAUUUCUCUCUCUCUCUUCCGCAGUAAUGUCGAGUUUUUCCGCUUCCGAAUUUAGUCUGGAAGGGGUUGACGAUGUCCAGGAUUUCGCAUGGGAGCAUGGCGAAGGAUCAUCAAUGUCGCUGGAGAGGUACAGCCAUCUGUAUGACCUCAUGCACAAGGGGAACAAGGCUUUUCGUGAAAACAGAUUAGAUCAGGCCAUUGAACUGUACUCAAGAGCUAACAACAUUAAACCGGGUGAUUCUGUUAUUUUGAGCAACAGAUGCGCUGCAUAUCUCCGGAUUAGUCAGUUCCUUAAACACAGGCCUCCUUCUGCUUCGGAAUACAGGCCAUUGAGUGGAUUAGAUCCAACAACUCAUGCUGGGCUUGCGUUGAAGGAUGCGGAGAACGUGAUGAGUCUACAAAGUAACUUAAUAACAUCCUACAUUCUCAAGGCAAAUGCACUCAUUCUGUUGGAAAAGUAUGAGCUGGCUCGCGAUGUUAUUUGUUCAGGCCUUCAGAUUGAUCCUCAUAGCAAGCCUCUUGUGAAUUUAGAGAGAUCAACAGCCAAUACAUUUAUGAGGAGAAGCCAUGUAAAGCCGCAGCGCACUGAUGACUAUGAUUGCACUCUUUGUUUGAAGUUACUGUAUGAACCAAUCACAACUCCAUGUGGGCAUUCUUUUUGUCGCUCGUGCCUUUUUCAGUCUAUGGACAGAGGUAACCGAUGCCCUCUAUGUCGCACAGUUCUGUUCAUUAGUCCCAGAACUUGCUCGACAAGUGUCACAUUGAACAACAUCAUACAAAAGAACUUUCCAGAGGAGUAUGCUGAGAGGAAGUCGGAGCAUGAAAGUUUGACAAACCCUGGCGUUGAUUUGUUGCCUCUCUUUGUCAUGGAUGUUAUCUUACCAUGCCAGAAGUUUCAGCUUAACAUAUUUGAACCUCGUUAUAGACUUAUGGUAAGUUCAUCCAUAUGACCAUCUUUGAUUAUGGUGUAGGCUGCAGUUAACUCAUCUACAGGGUUAAUAGCUGAUUAUGCAUGUGAGGUGGAAAUUACAGACUGUGAGCCACUUCCAGACGGGCGUUUCUUUUUAGAGGUUGAAAGUCGUCGGAGAUGUCUCAUUAUUCGAAAUUGGGAUCAAGAUGGGUAUCGCAUUGCUGAGGUUGAAUGGGUAGAAGAUAGCUAUCCACCAGAAGGAACCGAGAGAAACGAUUUACUGGAGAUGACACAUAAGGCGGCAGCCUUUGCCCGCCAGUGGAUAAAAGAUGCACAAAAAGCAGCACAAGGAGAUAGAGUAAGGCUUGCGGAGCUUUUCAAAGCGGAAGGGUUGAUGCCACCCACACGGGAUCCCGAGCGCUUUAGUUUUUGGCUUGCAACAUUAACAAAUCUUCGGCCUUCAGAAAGAUUAGAUCUCCUUCAAAUAAGGGACACAAAGGAGAGGAUUAGAAGAGGACUUGUUUAUAUGAAGGCGGAAGAGCAAGGAUGUAGACUGCAAUAAAGACGAAUAAUUGUGUAAAAACUUGAUUAUUUGGGGAAUCAUACAAUUGUUAAUAUGCCUUCAUUCAUUUACAGGCUAUUCGUAUAUUCUUUGAUCCUUGAGGAAAAUGGAGGGAGGAAGAAAAUAUAUAAGCAUAUUCCUCUGUGAAGGACUUAAAGGUCAUUACUGUGAAGAAAGUCACCUACAGCUAGUAAAUAGUACAAACAAAUUUUGUUUUUUUUGUUUCCCCCACUUGAUAGUGUGUUUAAUUGUUGUGAUGCGUAUAAGCUUUCUGUCAUGA